CUUCUUUGUUUUGAUUGUGUUUGUGUUUGUUGUUUUCUCUACCUCUAGUCUUGUUGGUAUUUCUUGAAGUAUUCUGGUUUUUAAAAAUUUAUCGGAUUCUUAUGAAAAGCAAAAUGACGAAUCCCACUGUUCUCGAUAGUUCUACUCAAAAGGAAGAAGAUCCCGAUACCAACAACUUGAUUAAAAGCCGAGAGUUUUUGUAUCGGCUUAUCAUAGGCCAAUUAUUCUACGACGGUCAUCAGCAAAUAGGUCAAAAUCUAGCGCAAGCAGUCCAAGCAGAACCAGCCUGCCCCCCAAGCGAUAGACUGUUUAAAUUAAUCAUGUCUGGUUUGGAGCAUGAGCCCAAGAGAAAGGACCGCCCCCGCAAUUUCGGCAUUGGAAACAACGACAUUGGACCAGGAUUAGAUCUGGAAUUUGAAACUGACUCCAACACCCACGCUCCAGAACCAGCCUUGUAUGAAACAGCUUAUGUUACUUCACAUAAAGGUAACUGUAGAGCGGGCUGUUUUUCGGCUGAUGGUCAGCUUAUUGCCACAGGCAGUGUAGAUGCCAGCAUAAAAAUUCUGGAUGUAGACAGAAUGUUGGCAAAAUCUGCUCCAGAUGAAAUGGAUCCUUCAAGAGCUGUCGAACAGCAAGGGCAUCCCGUUAUCCGAACAUUGUACGAUCACAUGGAAGAAGUUACUUGCCUGGAAUUUCAUCCUAAGGAACCGAUUUUGUGUUCGGGAUCAAAAGAUCAGACUAUUAAGCUGUUUGAUAUAUCAAAGGCCAGUGUAAAAAAGGCAUUUAAAACAAUAACAGAAUCGGAACCAGUUAGAUGUUUUUCUUUCCAUCCAAGUGGAAAUCAUUUGAUUGUAGCCACAAAUCAUCCAGUAAUAAGAAUGUAUGACGUCAAUACUCUACAAUGUUACGUGUGUCCUUUUCCCAAUCAGCAACAUUCUGAAACUGUAACCUGCCUAAAAUGGUCUCCGGAUGCGAAAUAUUUUGCUAGCUGUAGUAGAGAUGGGGCCAUUAAAUUAUGGGAUGGAGUUUCAAACAGAUGCAUAAACACAUUUGCUAAAGCUCAUGAUGGUUAUGAGGUUUGUUCAGUAGUCUUUUCGCGUAAUGGAAAAUACCUUCUCUCCUCCGGCAAAAAUUCCAUUUGUAAAUUGUGGGAAUUAUCCUCUAGCAGGUGCUUGAUUGCUUAUACAGGAGCCGGUACAACUGGGAAGCAAGAAUAUGAAGCACAAGCCGUUUUUAAUCAUUCAGAAGACUUUGUACUUUUUCCGGAUGAAGCAACAACAUCUCUAUGCGCCUGGAAUUCUAGGAAUGCUUCCAGAAAGCAACUGAUGUCUUUGGGACAUAAUGGGGCAGUGAGACUUAUAGCUCAUUCACCUACUCAGGCUGCAUUUUUGACUUGUUCAGAUGAUUUUCGAGCCAGAUUUUGGUAUAGGAGAACACCUGCUUUGAUUUAGUUUAAUUAUGUGAUUGUUAAUAAGAUAAAAUAAAUCGUAUUAGAUUUUUAAAUGU